AUGAAGCACCAUGGCCUUCGGCGAGCGUCGGCCAAGGGCAGCUAUUCUCUCCUCCGCCGACCUUGUCAAAAUGUUCGAUUGCAGCAUACCGACUCACGGCAACGACUGUCCGAUUUUUGGGUACCGACAGUGAACGUGCAAAGGCAAGAUGCCGUUUCAGAUGCUACGCAGCUCCUCAUCCGAGCUGGCUAUCUACGACAGGCCUAUGCCGGCAUCUUUCAGAUGCUCCCACUUGGGCUCCGUGCCCAGGAUAAACUAGAACGACUGAUUGACAAACAUAUGAGGUCGAUUAAAGCUUCCAAAGUGUCGUUGUCCUCCAUAACAUCUCUGGCGUUAUGGCAGAAAUCCGGACGAUGGAAACCGGGGGCCGAGUUCUUCACGUUCAAGGAUCGAAAGGACACGGACUGGCUACUGGCACCUACACAUGAAGAGGAAAUAACCACCUUACUCGCCGACCUGAUCCACUCUCCGCAGCAACUGCCCGUCCGGCUGUACCAAGUCACCCGUAAAUAUCGGGACGAGAAAAGGCCACGAGGCGGGCUUCUUCGAGGUCGGGAAUUUCUUAUGAAGGACCUAUACACUUUUGACUCGACACCUACGCAGGCACAUGCAACAUAUGACGAAACUCGAGGUGCAUAUCGCAAUUUCCUCAACGAGCUCACCGUCCCGUAUAUCGAAGCGAGGGCAGAGUCGGGUGACAUGGGCGGGAAUCUCAGUCAUGAAUAUCACUUUCCCAAUGCUGCCGGAGAGGAUAUUGUGAUUACCUGCACAGACUGCGAUUAUGCUCGUAACGAAGAAUUCGUUUCGCAAAAGGCAUUUCCUCCCCGACCUGUCGAGGGUAUCGCAGCGCGGAGCCCGACGUCGACACCGGCAAGCGACUCCAGCAUGCUCAUCCAUCAAGACUUUGUCAGCAAGGACGGGCGUAAACUUGUCCGUGCCAUGGCACCAAGAGUUUCCGAGCGGACUACGAAUGACAGUUCAGUUUCUCAUGUUGCUGUGAACCCGUAUGCCGUCAAAGCAGCUGUGGACGGGGUGGUGGAGAUUGAUUCCGGUUUGCAGCAGCCAUUGUCCCACUUCGAAGGGGUGCUGGACACUACUGGUGCGAAUGAUGAUGCAGACAAUUGCCCGUCGGUGUAUUAUCUUCUCGACUUUCGAGUCGAAUCCGAAUCAGUUUACGACCUGAUUGGCCAGGACUUGGAACGAUACGCUUCCAAGAAUGUCAAGUUCUACAUCAUCAGUGCUCCUCAGGAUGGUAGCGAUCGCAUCAAUCUGCUUAAGCACCGUGCUGGAGAUCCUUGUCCGCAGUGUUCGAGCGGCAAGCUCCAGUUGCACAAGGCCAUCGAGGUGGGCCAUACAUUCCACCUAGGUACUCGGUACAGUUCGAAACUAGGACUGAGCAUAAGGUCCGCGGAUGGCAAGGCUAACGUACCAGUCGAAAUGGGCUGUCAUGGAAUCGGCGUGUCUCGACUGAUUGCCGCCGUGGCGUCGUGCCUCGCCGAUGACCGUGGCCUCAAUUGGCCCAGAGUGAUUGCACCGUUCGAGGCGGUUAUCCUGGCUGCAAAGCCUGACUCGAAAAGGAUUCAGGCGGCGGAGCAGCUCUACGAUCAGCUGUCCGCCCCAGGACCUGCUGCCGUUGCCGCCGAUGUUCUCCUCGACGACCGCCAUGACCAAGGUCUUGGAUGGAAAUUGAAGGAUGCCGACAUGAUCGGGUAUCCUGUGAUUGUCGUCCUCGGCAAGGGAUUUGACCGGGGCAUGGUCGAGGUGCAGUGCCGUCGCCUCAACAUCAAGCAGGAGGUGGAAUUGGAACGGGUGGUGGAAUACGUGCGUGAUCGACUCAAAAAGCUCUGA